AUGACAUACAACUUUAGAAAUCGUAGUCGAAAUUUGAACUACCGAGAGACAAGUGAUGCAGAAGAUGAUUUUUAUAUGAUCAUCGAAAACAUAAGACAAACAAGCGAUUAUGGAAAUAAUCGUCGAAGAGGAAGAAGGCCCAACAGGCCGAAUAGAGAUGAUAAUAUAAGAGAAGACAACACCUUAAGGUGGGAAAAUCGGGGAUCGCGCAACUCACAUUCUCGUAGACCAAGAACGGUACAAACCUUUCAAAUAAAUGAAAGGAGAUCUGUUCCAGAAACAAGUAUUAGUUUGGAGCCAAAUUUGAUGGUUGAAAACUAUGUUCCAGAGUCAAGUAAUACUCUGGAACAAAAUUUGACGAUGGAAAAUGAUCCAUCGUCAAUAAAUGAAAGAAUGGAAGCCAACUCACCUCUCACGAAUCAAACAACUGAUGCUCAAGAAGUUACUCACAAUGUGAUGAUGGAAGCAAAUCCAUCAUCAAUGAAUGAAAGGGGCAAUGUUUCUGAAACGAUACAAAGAAUUACCACAGAGACAUCGUCGCAGCAUGAAGACAGAAUACUUUCUAAAAAAACCAUUCUAGCAUGGUUGACUGCUUGCAAGGCAAUUGAUGAAGGCAGCCAGGUACGGUACAAAGGCGGGGUCAAGACAAUAACAGGCCGCAUUAGCAACGGCGGUAUCAUAUGUAGUUGUUGCGACCAAGAGUUUUCAGUAUGGGAUUUUGAGAAACAUAAUAGAAGUACUCAACAGCAACCAUACAAAAAUAUUUUUUUGAUAAAAAACAAUCGCCCCAUGGAACAAAGCAUAAUUGGGGCAUGGAUGAGUGCUGAGGAACAAAAACGACGCAGCGCGUUCACAUAUGUUCCCAAUGAAAACGAACAAAUCCAUGAUUCCUGUUUGGUUUGUGGAGGAGAUGGGGCAGAAGGAGAAACUAUCGUCUGUGAUAAGUGUCCCUCCACUUAUCAUAAAUCUUGCGCCAAUAUGCAGAAUGUUAGAUUCUUCCAGGAUUGGUUGUGUCAUUACUGCAGAUGCAAAUUCUGUGAAGUGGGUGAAGAUAAUGAGCAUUUAAUUACAUGUUGCCAUUGUCUCAAGAAAUUUCAUUGGAGCUGCAUUGAAGAGUCUGAAAAGGUUAAAUUAAUGAAAACUCCAUUGCUUCAAUGUUCUUGUAACUGCAAAGAGAUUUAUGAGACUCUGGAGGGAUUUAUCGGCGUUGAAAAUAAAAUCCUCGAGAGGGAGAACUUUUCCUGGUGUGUUGUCCGGCAAAUGGAUGCCAUAAAUGAGGAUCGUUAUGUAAGCAUCAAUUCAAAGGUUGCCGUUGCAUGCAUGCUGAUGAAUGAAGCUUUCGGAAGGAUAAAGGACACACGUACCAAUAACAAUUUGGUCCAGAGUGUCAUGUACCAUCGAGGAUCAAAUCUGAGGAGGCUAAAUUUUAGCCGAUUUUAUACAUUUGUGAUGGAGAAAGAUGACACCGUGAUUGCUGCAGCUCCCAUUAGGAUUUAUGGCAAAGACAUUGCGGAAAUGCCUUUCUUUGCGACAGAUGAGGCAUUCAGAGGCAAAGGAUUUUGCCGCUUAUUUAUUGGGCUAAUUGAACAGUUUCUUCUGAGUCUUAAAAUCAAAGAGUGGAUUAUUUCAUCUUCUCAAGAGAGCCUUGAAAUGUGGAAGGAAAAAUUUAACUUCGAUGUGAUUAUCGAUAGAGGAUUGAAGAGGAAAGUCUCUUCAUGCAACAUGUUGAUAUUGCCACAUGUUAUAAGAUUACACAAGAAGAUAUAUGAUGUUGACAUGAAUAUGGCGCAGGAGCCUGAAGAGUAA